CUUCAAUCUCAGGCUGCACUUUGUACUGAACUUCCACCCUGGCACGACCCUGCUAGUGUCAAAAACUUGUUUUCUUUUUUAUCUAUAAGCCAUGUCAAAUCGUGCGAACGUGGGUGGUUGGUUGAAAGGAAAGACCGUCCGGAAAGGUGGCAUAACAUCUAAUGCACACACUGCUCGCUCCAGCACACCUCAAGUUCAGAGCACAUCCUCCACCCUUUUCAGUGGGGGCGUUAAAGAUGCAUCUGGGCGAACUACCGAAUAUUUCUCUAUGGACGACCAAUGCCCUGUGUGUAAGUCUGAUCGGUAUUUGAACCCCAAGCUCCGUCUCCUGGUCAGCUCCUGUUACCACAAAAUGUGCGAGUCUUGCAUCGACCGGUUGUUCACUUUAGGACCCGCUCCGUGUCCUAUUUGCCAAAAGGUCCUACGAAAACUUGCAUUCACUCCACAGACUUUUGAGGACCUUACUGUGGAAAAAGAAAUUGCCGUGCGCAGACGAAUAGCCAAGGAAUUCAAUAAACGACGCGAAGACUUCAUUGAUCUUCGCUCCUACAAUGAUUAUCUUGAAGAAGUGGAAGAUAUCACUUUCAACCUUAUCAAUGACGUCGACAUUCCCCAAACUGAGGCUCGGAUACUCGCUCAUCGGCAAGAAAACGCAGCUCUUAUAGAACUCAAUGUUCAGCGGGAAGAACAAUACGCGCAAGCUUUGAAGGAACAAGAAGAGCUAGAACGCCAGGAGAAAGAACAUCGUGCACUUGAGCUGCGAAGAGAACAGGAGAUAGAGCGUGAGGAACGAGAAACAGCCCAACGCGAGAUCAUCGAUCGCCUCGAGACUAGCACAAAGAGUGCCGCCAAGGUCAUCGCCAAAUCUCGUGCCGAAGCCAUGAAGAGAUCAUCAGCUCGUUCUACUACCACCACGGUUCUAAGAAGCAAUGCCCAGCUCCUGCGUGCACGCGCUGCCCAAAGUACUGUCGUUCCAGAUCCACCACACGUCCCCUUGCAAGACGAUUGGUAUGCUUAUGAGGAUCUCUACACGGUCCGGGAUCAGUACGACGAUAUGUACAGCGACGCGGUAAGGAAGGAUCGUGAAGGAAUCAUGAGAGCGGGAGGGUAUCGGGUCGAGGAAGCUUGGGACAGAGCCCUCAGAUGUGCUGUUGCUGGAUUGGAUUUAGCGCCUCUUUCAGGUCUGAACCCAUCGCCUGGACGGACUGACAGUGUCGUAACAUCCGCCUGAAACUCGAUUCAAUUUGCUGCGGUUGUUCCGCAUUGAUGUAUCAGGUCUACUAUGGCAAUUCUAACACUGCAUCCCAGACAAACACCUCGUUUCCCCUUGUCAAUCACUCUUCUCACAUAUUUACUCGUCCCCUGCGCCCUUUACUGCCAGUAGUGCAGAAGGCUACACUUCAAAAACAAUCGCCGUAUCAAUAUUUCGCAUCAAAGGCAGCGCAGCAUCUGUGUAAGCUAAGUGGCUUGCAAAAAAUCAUCAAGUCAGGUAGGAACGUCUCUUUUUGGUCAGCCAAGGACGAAGUGGCUCGGCGAAGAAUAUUGACGAAGGCUGCACAAGGGUUCAUGGCAUCAUAUCAUCUUGUUUGACGCGAUCUUGGGGCCUAAGUUUAUGGAGCGACCAUCAUCACAAGAAUCA